AUGGCUUCAAGAGAUAACCGUCUUUCCGUUUAUGUUGGUAAUCUCCCCCCGGAUACUUUACAAGGGCAUUUCGAUUACAUAUUUGCAGGUUGUGAUAUAGAAAGUGUUAGAUUAGUGAGAGACAAACAGACAGACGAAUUCAAAGGGUAUGCUUAUGUAGAUUUUAAAAAUGAACAAUCCCUACAGGAAGCACUAGCUGUCGACGGUGCGAUUGUCGACGGACGCUCUCUGCGAGUAAAUCUCGCAGGCGAAAGACCUGGACGUGGUGGUGGUCAGGGUCAAUGGGGUAUGAACAACGGAUAUGGAAAUCAAGGACGUGGUGGUUUCGGUAGUCAUGGUCGCGGUGGUUUCGGAAAUCAAGGACGUGGUGGCUUUGGAAAUCAGGGACGUGGUAGACCUAGCAUGGGUGGUGGACGGAUGGAAAGUUAUGGACGUCCAAAUAGAGGCGGAAUGGGUGGGUUCGGUGGACAACGACAAAGUUACCAUCCUCCAGGACUGUCACGAGAGGAAUUAAAUGAACCUAGUAUCAGGAAUCCUCAGUCAAAUUCUACGAAUUCAACCAGUAGUGGUUCGGGUGGUGAUCGACCUAAACUAAACCUAAAAAUCAGAGAGACCCCUGUAAAUACAAAUGAUGAUCGACAAUUAUCAGAGCGUGCCCGUGCGAUAUUCGGAGUUGGGCGUCCUCGAGAAGCUAGUCCAAUUCGAGAAAAAAAGUUGGGUUCUGAAGAAAAUGCAACCGGUUCUAGUUAA